GUACAUUAAUAAUUAUGUUGGUAUAACCGCAAUUGCAAAAAAAAAAAUAGUGCAAUAAAAUACUGACUGCAAGUACAAGAAGUAGAAGUGGAAAAAGAAGGGGAUGCACUGUUGGAUUGAUGCUGAAUUUGAUAAAGUUUUACUCCUUUGAAAUUAAAUUGCAGAAAGUUUCUUCUUGGCUAUGGCUGACAAAGAGCAAGUUAUUCAAGCAUUGAGAGCUACCUUGAUAUCAGUAAAAGGAGCUUUGACAAUCAAGCAAUGUAACCGUGACUAUCGAGAGUUGCAAGGAGAAUGGAUACCUUUCAAAAAACUUGGUUAUCCAUCAUUGGAUAAGCUUUUUAUUGAUGUUCCUGGUUUUAAAGUGACUCAAAUAAAUGGUGAAUGGUAUGUUGAUGCAAUAGCUAGCCAAGAGACACAACAUAUAGCUACUAUGGUGGCACGACAAAAGUCAAGUAAAAAGGCUACACCAAAAUUGAACUAUCCAAAUCGAUUUCCAAAAAAACAAGGGUCAUGGCGAAAACCAGCUUCUAGCUAUACGGCAAACUACAAUAAUCAGUACUCCAACCAAUAUUAUAGAGCAAAGACCAGUGCCCCAUUUAACAAUAAUAACCAAUAUCAUAAGAUUAAUAAUAAAUAUCAUUCAAAGUCGAACGAAACGAAACUAUUGUCGAAUGUGAAACAAACAUCGAAGUCAUUAAAUGACCAUGUAGAUAAAUUACCGAAAAGCUCCAAUACAUCCUCACAAAGUUUAAGGGAAGCGAACAACGCACACGCUGAAGAGGUGAAGCAAUCUGCACGCUCUAACAAUGAAAUUGAUGGAAAACAUAGCGGAAAAGUCUCAGCGUCGCAACGAUUGUCCAAUUUAAGAGAUCGUCUUAAUACCGUGGAUCUUAUACCGUUGCAGUUGCCAGCUGCAAAUAAUGAAUGUUUGGAAACCAGUGGUCCUGUCACGAAUGUUGUGCCGGCUCACAACUUGGAGCCUCCACCUGAUUCCACAUCGUCGGUAGAAAAAUUAGAGUGGACUUGUAAAAAGCUUGGACUUCCAGAACCUGUGUACAAGAUGCAUGAGAUACGACCUAAACGAGGGCCUCCCAGUUACGACUGCACCGUGAAAGUAGCAUCGUAUUGCAUUUGCUCGUAUCCUGACUCAUCCCCAUCUGAAGAAUUAGCGAAAGAAGUAGGAGCUGUGAAAUUACUUUCGGUUAUAGAAAGUUCUGAAGCUGGCGGAAUGCCCACUUCUUCAAGCAGCAAUGCUAUUGUAUGUCUCACAGAAUUGAUCUCUGAACAUGAAGCUGGACUCUGGGCGAAUACAGUACCACAUCUUUAUAGAGAAAAAUAUCAUGAAAAUUUGCCAAGUAACUGGCUAGAAUUAGUGGAAAACUGUCCAAAAAUAAUUAAGGACAGAGUUGUGAACGGCCUUUUAGUACUUCUUCCCAAUAAUGAGCAGGAAGUAUCGACGCCGUUAGAAACUACUACCGUAUUAGACGAUUCCAUGGACAGUGAUUUGCCACCGUUACAAUUCCCUGAUGACAAUUUUUGGAAUGUAUUCGUGACUGUUGCUAAUUCGACACUUGAAAUUUGGCUGCGAAUCAUUGGAACGCAAUAUAGUGAUGCCUUCGAAACUCUAUUAUCUGAUAUGUCUAAAUAUUAUGACCAUUCUGGAUCACCCGUGGAUAAAUCAAUGAUAAUUAAAAACGCUUGGUAUGCUGUAAAUUUGGAUGAUGGCGGCUGGCAACGUGCUAAAAUAUUAGAGAUAGAAGAAGACACGGCGACGGUUUUUCUUGGCGAUCACGGCGAUGAUGAUGUAGUGUAUAUUAAUAAGAUAAAAAUAUUAGAGCCGCAAUUUAGAAAACUUCCAGCACAGGCGAUCCUGUGCCGGCUGGAGGGCGCGGAGGAGCUGGCGGCGAGCGCGCUGGGCGCGGAGCUGGUGCGGCGCCGGCUGCCGGGCGAGGUGCUGGUGGCGGCGCCCGGCCCGCGCCACGACCCCGCCGACCCCUCCGUGGCCGUCGUGCUCUACGACACCUCCACGCAGCGCGACCUCAACCUCAACAAGGAGAUCGUGCACGACUUCUGCAUCGCGGCUGCCUUCACUAUUACGCAGAAACCGUGCGAGGUGGAGGUGGGGUGCGUGACGGAGGAGGGGCGCGUGUGGGUGUCGCGCGCGGGCGGCGCGGCGCUGGUGCGCGGCGCGCUGGCGCUGCUGACGGCCGGGCCCUACCGCCGCCCGCUGCCCGCCGCGCCGCAGGCGCCCGCGCCCAACGCCGGCACGCUCUACAUCGUGCGCACGCUCGCCGGAGACUGGGUUCGCUGCACGAUUAUAAGCGGAUUGGAUGGCGAAGGCACUGUCAGGACGCAACUAGUCGAUAGCGGUCUUAUUCUAAGAGCGCCCUUGUCAUCCUUGGUGCCGCUACAGUCAUUUUCACCAGCUCUUAAUGCCUUUCCAUAUCAGGCAGUGGCGGUGCGGCUGGGCCCGGCGGAGCGCGCGGCGGCGGCGAUGGUGGCGCGGCUGCGCGAGCUGCUGCUGCACACCAGCGUGCUGUGCCGCGCGCAGCCGCCCGCGCCCGGCGCCGCGCCCGCCGCGCCCAGCGUCGAGCUCUUCGUGCGCACCGGCCCGCAGAACAUCCUCGCCUCCGUCAACAACGCCAUACUCAUGGAGUACGACUAUCUGCAGCAUGGCAGGCUUAAGGAAGAUGAAAAAGACACCACGAACCACGUAGAGGCGUUGCACAAGAAAAAGGAACGGAUUUUUAGAAGUCUCUCUAUGCAAGGCGAGGAGCGACCCACGAGCGGCGCAGUGUUGCCUGCGCCGCCGCUUCCAGCACCCGGCAAGUGCUUCGACGUGUAUAUUGCAAUGGCUGCUAAUCCUUGGAACUUUGUGGUCCAGCCAAACAGUACUAGACAUACUCUGCAAACAAUGAUGUCGACACUACAAACAGAAUGUCCCAAACUGUCUGAGAAGGAUGCUCCAGUAAAUCCAGCUAGUGGAGAACUCUAUACUGUAUAUUACGAAAAAGAUUCAUCUUGGUAUAGAGUGACUGUUGCGGGGACUGUCUCGUCGGAAAUGGUUACUGUCUACUUUUGUGACUACGGAGAUUUGGCGUUAUUCGCUACUAAAGCAUUGCGACCUAUACCAUCGGCAGCGCCGUUAGCGCGGUCUUUACCACCUCAAGCUAUAAAAGCUCGACUAUAUGAUGUUUUUCCUUUACACCAAGACUGGACGGUGGAAGACUGCAUUAGGUUUCAGGAAUUAUGCGUAGAACAGCAGUUUGUAGGCAUUUGCAAAGACGUUGGAAAAGAUCCUCUUAAUCCAAACGAGCCUUUAUUGACACUUGAUCUUAUUGACACAUCUACUGACGAAGACAUAUAUUUAAAUAAACAAUUGGUUGCUGAAGGCAGAGCGCGGCUCGCAUCAACUCCCUAAGCGAUAUUAUAUAAUUUCAAGCUGUUAAGUUUGCUUUAAUACAAGGUGUAACAGAUUACUCUUAGAAUUAUUAUUCACUGUAUUAAUUUUGUUGUGAGAGAGGACACAGACUGAGUCACGAAACAAAAUGUACCCUCUCACGUAUGACAUUUUUCGAUCGUCAACUAUAAUAUAUAAAAAACUAUUAACCACGCUCGGAAAAGAGUGAUUUUCGUACGUUGACCUGUCAUGUUGUUGCCAUGCCUAGGCAUGGCAAAUGGCAAUAAAAAUAGUUACGUGGGCGUAUGUGUAGGUCCAUUUCGUACGAAAUUCUCUCUUUUCAGCGCGCUUGGUAUAGUUGUCUCGCGCAGUUUUUCGUCGGUAGUUGCAGAGGCUUACUUACUUAUCCGGAAAAAGCCAAGGUUCCUUCACAAAUAGAUUGCCUGGAUAUAUACUGAAAUAGAACUUUGAAGUAGAACUAGUAGUUCUUAAAAUUAGCUUGUUUAGUCAAAGAAAUUAAAUUAUUCAGCCUUAUUUUAUUGGAUUGCUUAGAAGUAUUUGAGGAUUUAUGGAUAACAUGUAUUCUAUUAUUGCAGCAUUGACGCAAUUUAAUUAAAUGAAUCAAGUUAUUCAUAAAUUGGCAGUAUACUUGCAUAUACGCCUGGGAAUUUGUUCCCACAACUCCAGUGAACAUGUAAAUGAAAUGUGCACUGCCUGCAAUAAAAAGUAUCGGUAGCCAAAAUAAGUUCUUAUUUAUUCUGUGUAAACCGAAAACUUCGUUGUUAUUAUCUUAUUUAAACCAAUUGCCAUACAUUGUAAUGAAAAUCUUGGCAGAUUUUAAGGAUUACCCCAUAGUUUUUCCUAUUGUUGAAAAAUUUUGGAAGUACUUUUUUCAAAUGUUAUGAGUUAUGGGAUAUAGAACAGGCUUCUUAUUUACUACCAUAAAAGUGUACGUAAAUAUGUCUAGUAAAAUGUGACAUAACGUGUUAACGUCCUCCGCGUCGGAGUUGUUGUGUACAGAGCUGGUAUACAACAUGUAAGGUACUUUUUAUCAGUACGUUUGAUGCUUGAAUGUAAUAGGAUGGAGAAUGAUGUUUGUUUGUUGUGGUUUGAAAUAGGCUCGCGAUUGUAAAUGUUGGCCUUGUAGACCUUCACACGAGACCCACGAGGUUCAAUUGGUAUUUUGUUGCCCUCAUAAUAUAGCACAUGUUUGAUCAUUCCUAAGUUUUUGCGUGAAGUCAGGUGCACCAGUGUGUAAUCAACAGAUAAUAUUUAAGAAUAUUUUGUUAUACCUUGGUACAUCCUUAUUUAUUUCUUAUGUCAUACUCAUUUGUUAUUUGUAUGUCGCAGCCAACUGGUUGAAAUUGCUUUUCAAUCAAACAGUUAGCUCUUUGACUGAAAAAUGCCAUUCAAACACGCAUCUAUACGAUCCAAUCAAACAAUCAAAACCGGGUAGUUGAUGCCAUAUCGCUAGCAAAACUCAACUAAGGCGGGCACUGUCAACUACUUCAAUAAAAUUAUAUGGCAGCUUUUGAAUCACCUGUAAUGUUGAACAUUUUCUGCGCCUCAAUUUCAAUUGUAAAACUUGAAGAGUGAUUGAGAGGCGUUGCUUAGUCAAAGGGCCAGCUGCUUGAUUGAAUGGCUAUUUUAACCGUUGGCUGCAAUAUGCGUACUAAGAUAUUUGCUAGCGAGGGAUGACUUUAUAUAGACUUAAUUAUUAGUAAGAGUAAAAAGACAGGCGUGGUCCUCUAAAAGUUGUUAUUUAGUUACACUAUGACCGAUGUAUCUCGGCGAGCGUGAACUUGCUAAUUAGCCGCACAGUAUACAAUUUUGUUUUAAAAAGAUUUACUGCCCAGCAUACAGCUGACUUCAGUCUCGCUAAGAUACUUCGUUCCUACUCACCAUCGAGUUCUCUUUGAGUGUAAAUUUGUUAAUUCCGAAUUCUAUUUUAAUUAUUUUUCGAUGAAUGCACAGUUAUGCAAUCGUAGGUACCUAAUGUACACUUAGGCCUGGUUUCACUGGUUACCGAUUAAGUGUCAGUUAGUUAUCUAAAAGUUAAUGUUAUAUACCAGAUAAAGGGGAGCCCAAAAGUUAUGUAUAACUUAUCUGAUAGAUAGUGUGUGUACGAGUUUAGUGGGCCAGUAUAUUACCGUUAGUUGGGUUUAUUGUUGAGUGUGGUGAUGUCAUAGAUACGACCGUUUUACGUUGGCUGUUAUACACACACUGAAACAAGUUUUUCUAAUUGUUACAAACUAAGUGUAUCGACCGAUAUGCUUACUCAGCUCGAAGUCGCCUCUGUACGUAAACCGUAGUGUCUGAUCAGCUAUCGGAGAAUAUCAGUAACCGGUGAAACUGGCCAUAAUACUCGCGUUAUAUCAUCAGUUGUGAAAAAAUACUGUUUAAGUGAAAUAUUCCAACCCACACUAUUAAAAUAGUGUCAUCUUCUAUUUACUUAAGAUAUAAACAAUAGCAUGAAUAUUGUAGUUACUGUAUUGAACAAGAUUGUAAUCGAUUCUAGCUUACUACAUUAAACAAAUAUGUACCUAUGCUGCUGAAAAAUAAAUAUGUAAUCUCA